AUGAGGCGCACGAAGCCCGAAGUGGAGCGGUACGUCGCCUCCGUGCAGGCCGCCGCGCCUUCCCCCAGAGAGAAAUCGAUGAAAGGAUUCCUCUUUGCUAAGCUCUAUUUUGAAAUAAAAGAAUAUGAACUUGCUAAAAGGUAUAUAUCUACAUACCUCAGUGUUCAAGAGAGAGAUCCCAAAGCACACAGAUUUCUUGGACAAAUUUAUGAAGCUGAGGAUAACAUAGAAAAAGCUUUUGGGUGUUACAAGCGUUCCGUGGAGUUGAACCCAACACAGAAAGAUCUAGUCUUGAAGAUUGCAGAGUUACUAUGCAAUAACGACAUUACUGAUGGAAGAGCAAAAUACUGGGUUGAGAGAGCUGCUAAGCUCUUCCCUGGGAGUCCUGCUGUUUACAGGUUGAAGGAGCAGUUACUGGAUUGUAAAGGUGAAGAUGGAUGGAAUCAGCUUUUUGACUUGAUUCAAGCAGAACUUUACGCAAGACCAGAUGAUGUCUACAUAAAUAUCAGACUAGUUGCGCUCUACCGUUCGAAUAAUAGAUUAAGGGAUGCUGUGCUCCAUUGUCAGGAGGCAGAGAAGAAAAUACCUUUGCAGUCAAGUUUGGAAUGGUGUUCCUGUGUUGUAGAGACAUUUGAGGAAUAUCUGGAAUCUUUACAAGACUUGGAGUCUGAUAAAAAUAACUGGAGAGCUAUCAAGAAAGAUCAUCUGCUGGCCUAUUCCAGCUUUGUCAAAAUGACACUUUCUUCUAGAGAUGUUCAGGAAUGCAGAGAGGCACUUGAAAGUUUUGAUCGUGUACUUCAGUCAGUGAAACCAUAUGUGAAUGGGGCUGAUGAGUUGUCUCGUACCUUUGUGGAAAUGAAAGGACAGCUAUACAUGCAUGCUGGAACUUUGCUACUGAAAAUGGCCCAACACAAUGAGGCACAGUGGAGAGUGGUGUGUGAACUAGCAGCAUUGUGUUAUCUGAUAAGUUUCCAGGUUCCUAAACCAAAGUCGAAACUAAUAAAAGGGGAUCAAACUGGACAAGAUGUGCUAGAAAUGUUGGCCUGUGAUCGAAAAAGCCAGUCUGGUCAUAUGCUGCUGAACUUAAGCCAUGGCAAGCAAGACUUCUUUAAAGAGGUUGUGGAAUCUUUUGCAAACAAGAGUGGUUCAUUUACAUUGUUUGAUAGCCUGUUUGAGAGUGGAGCUUCUAGAGAAAGAUCUUUCAUUGGCACAGAUGAUAUUGGAAAUGUCAGUACACAAGCACCAGUGCAAGUGGAACUUAAUAAAUAUGAUAUUGGUGCUGUUCGAAUGCACAAUGGCAGUCUCCAGCACCUUGUGUGGCUUGGCUUGCAGUGGAACUCUAUGUCAGUUUUGCCCCCAAUGCGCAAAUGGUUAAAACAGCUUUUCCACUUGCCCCAAGAAACAUCGAGACUUGAGACAGAUGCUCCUGAAUCCAUUUGCCUAUUGGACCUUGAAGUAUUUCUACUUGGGGUGGUAUUCACUAGCAACUUACAAUUGCAAGAGAAGUUUAAUUCUCACUAUGGCGCGCAUCAGCCUCAGUUCUUACCAUUGCCAGUGUGCAAACAGCUCUAUACCGAAAAGCAAAGAUCCUGGUGGGAUGCUGUCCGUACUCUUAUUCAGCGAAAAACAACACCAGGAACAGCAGCAAAACUGAGGCUUGUUGUACAGCAUGGAAUAAACACUUUGAGAACACUGGAGAAGCAUGGCCUGCAACCUGCCUUAAUUAUACACUGGGCAAGAAGCCUGCAAAAAACAGGCAUUAGCCUUAACUCCUUCUAUGACCAGAAAGAAUACAUUGGACGAAGCGUCUACUACUGGAAGAAAGUUUUGCCUAUGCUGGAAACUAUCAAAAAGAAGAGGAGUAUUCCUGAACCUACUGAUCCUCUCUUCAAACACUUCCAUAGUGUAGACAUUCAGGUCUUUCAGGUAGUGGCGUAUGAAGAAGAGGCACGUAUAGCAUUUGCAAUGUUGGAUGCAGUUGAUGGCAAAACUGAUGACGCUUUAUUAGCAUUUGAAGCUAUUAAGAAUGUGGUUUCAUACUGGAAUCUUGCCGUGAUCUUCCAGAGGAAGGCGGAAGAGAUUGAAAAUGAUGCCAUGCUGCCAGAAGAACAAGAAGAACACAAAACCUAUCUUCUUAAAAGCAAGCACUAUCUAAUGAAGAUCAUUGAGGAAAGCUCCUCAGAUAUGUCAGUAACUGAGAAACUGCCGGUGUCUAUUGAAACAGUGAGGGAAAUGCUAGAUACAGUGAUCCAGGAACUCGGCGAGAAUGGUGAAGAGGGAAGUCCUGCCUUCAGAAAUGGUCUGUCACGAGCUGUAGAUUCAGAGAUGAAACAUUCCACUCCAUCACCAACUAAGUUUUCUCUUUCACCAACUAAGAGCUACAAGUUUUCUCCUAAAACUCCUCCUCAGUGGGCAGAAGAUCACAGAUCUAUACUUCAGAUGAUCUGUCAGCAAGUGGAAGCUUUAAAGAAUGAAAUGCAAGAAAUGAAACUUAAUAAUUCCAACUCGAAUGCAUCGUCUCAUCGGUGGCCUGCUGAGAGCUAUGGAACAGAUACAAUGUCAGAGGGUUAUCAGAGAGCACAAAAUCUUCAUGAAGCUCCAUUAACAGUUGCUACCACUGGCCCAUCUGUUUACUACAGCCAGUCACCUGCCUAUAACUCUCAGUAUCUUCUCAGAACUGCUGCAACCAAUGUAACACCAACAAAGAUUCCUUCUGAUACUGAAGCUAAGUCUGCAAAGGAAGGAUUUAGCUUUUCAAUGCCAGUGCCUGCAGAUGGAUUUAAAUUUGGAAUACAGGAGUCUAGUAAAAAUACAGCUAAGAAAGAUGAGCCAUCCAAAGACGGAAUUAAGUUACAAUUUCAAGAAACAGCAAACAAGGAGAAAGUUGACUUUGUUUUUGGGCAAAAUAGCAACACUUCUACUUUUGCUGAGCUUGCAAAAAGUACUCCAGGGGAAGGCUUUCAGUUUGGCAAAAAAGACCCUAACUUCAAAGGCUUUUCAGGUGCAGGUGAAAAGCUGUUUUCUUCGCAGGAUUCUAAAACGGAUCACAAAGCAAACACAUCUGCUGACCUUGGUGAGAAGGAUGAUGAUGUGUAUAAGACAGAGGACAGUGAUGAUAUCCAUUUUGAACCUAUAGUUCAGAUGCCUGAAAAAGUAGAACCAUUUACAGGAGAGGAAGAUGAGAAAGUGUUAUACUCCCAGAGAGUAAAGCUGUUCAGGUUUGAUCCAGAAACAAGCCAGUGGAAAGAACGUGGGGUGGGCAAUCUGAAGAUUCUUAAAAAUGAAGUUAAUGGCAAAGUAAGGAUAUUAAUGCGGCGUGAGCAGGUACUGAAGGUGUGUGCAAACCACUGGAUAACAACAACAAUGAACUUGAAACAGCUGUCUGGCUCAGAUAAAGCAUGGAUGUGGAUGGCCAAUGACUUCUCUGAUGGUGAUGCAAAGUUGGAACAUCUGGCAGCAAAAUUUAAGACACCAGAGCAGGCUGAGGAGUUCAAACAGAAGUUUGAAGAAUGUCAGAGGCUACUACUAGAUAUACCACUGCAGACACCCCAUAAACUUGUUGAUACAGGUAGAACAGCUCAACUUAUACAGAAAGCAGAAGAAAUGAAGUGUGGCUUAAAAGAUCUCAAAACAUUUCUGACAGAUGACAAAACUAAACUGUCAGAAGAGGAAAAUGGAAACUCUGUUUGUGCCAGCAGUACUUCUGAUCUGGUUAUAAAGCCGCAUGCUGAAAGUACUGGGCCUACUCUGGAAUGGGAUAACUAUGACUUACGUGAAGAAGCAUUGGAUGAUAGUGUAAGUAGUUCUGUAUAUGCAUCACCUCUUGCAAGUAGCCCCGUAAGGAAAAAUCUGUUUAGAUUUGGAGAGUCUACCACAGGUUUUAGUUUCAGCUUUAAAUCAGCCUUAAGCCCAUCCAAAUCUCCUGCCAAACAGAACCAGAGUAGAACAUCAGUAGGCACAGAUGAAGAUUCUGAUGUUACUCAAGAAGAAGAGAGAGAUGGACAGUACUUUGAACCUGUGGUACCCCUGCCUGACCUCGUGGAAGUGACCAGUGGUGAGGAAAACGAGCAAGUUGUCUUCAGUCACAGAGCUAAGCUCUACAGAUAUGACAAAGAUGCUAAUCAGUGGAAAGAGAGAGGCAUUGGGGAUAUUAAGAUAUUACAGAACUACGACAACAAACAAGUGCGUAUAGUAAUGAGAAGGGAUCAGGUACUAAAACUCUGUGCCAAUCAUAGAAUAACUCCAGAUAUGAAUAUGCAACAAAUGAAAGGAUCCGAUAGAGCAUGGGUGUGGACUGCAUGUGACUUUGCAGAUGGGGAAAGAAAAGUAGAACUUCUAGCUGUGCGAUUCAAGCUGCAAGACGUUGCAGACUCAUUUAAGCAAAUUUUUGAUGAAGCAAAGCAUGCCCGAGAGAGAGACACACUGAUAACACCUCUUUCUUCUCGUGCCAACACACCGAAGGAAUCUCCGUGUGGUAAAAAUGCUGUAGCUGUACUAGAAGAAACUACCAGAGAAAGAACUGACCUCAGCCAUGGUGAUGAUACUUCUGAUGUAACUGUAGAUGUCGCAGAGGUGUCAAACACUUCUGAAACACCAACAAAAACAGUGGUUUCUCCUCCAAAGUUCGUAUUUGGAUCUGAGUCUGUCAAGAGCAUUUUCAGUAAUGAAAAGUCAAAGACAUUCACAUUUGGAAAUACUUCAGCCACUGGUUCUCUCUUUGGCUUCAGCUUUAAUCCUCCAAAAAAGAGUGAAGACCAUAUUCCAGUGUCUCAGAACACAGCGCAGAAAGAACUGGAAGUCUCUGAACCACCAAAAAGCUCUAGUGUUCCUCAGAAGCCUAUAGACAGCAAGUUAGACAACUUGCCUACUUCAACACACGAUGGACCCUCUAACUUCUCAUUUAGAAUUCUGGAAAAAGGAUUUAAUUUUAGCCUUUUUAAAUCUAAUCCAAUGGCCUUUUGGACAAGCACAUCUUCUUUGCAACCUGAUAGUAAAGCUGAGAAGACGACAAUGUCCGAAGAUGAUCUUCCAUCUGAUGAUGUUAUAAUAGUUUACGAGCUAACACCUACGCCUGAACAGAGAGCUCUUGCUGGCUUUCUCAAGCUACCUUCAACAUUCUUCUGUUACAAGAAUAAGCCUGGAUAUGUGAGUGAUGAGGAUGAUGACGAAGACUAUGAAACAGCUGUUAAGAAACUUAAUGGAAGACUGUAUCCCAGCGAUUCAGAAGAGAAAAAGAAAUUGCAAGAUCCUGUAAAAGUAGGCAAAAGUGAAUUUGACAAUGAAAGAGAAUGUGUUACUGCUUGGGAAAAGAAACCAAUUACUGCAGACAAGGCUAUAGCAGAAACUCUGCAGGUUCCUUCUACAUCUGUCUGUGGUGUCAGCAGUGAUACUGAGGAUGACAGUCCAGAAGACUUUCAGACAGAAGUUAAAAUUCAAGAAAAGAAAGAGAAUGAGGUUACCAGUUCAACUGACUUAGUCUGUACCAGUAAAGAAGUAGUACCUACUCCAUCAACCAGUGAGGUGACAGUAUUUGUCCAGUCAGUUACCAACAAUGAAGAACCAGAUUCCACCACAGAAACUGUGCAUGUAUCACAGACUUUAUCAGGAGCUGAUGACAAACCUGUAGACUUGUCAACUAAAAAAAGUGAUUUGGACUGUUCAGACUCCAUACAAGCAAACAGAAUCAUCUCAUUUGGCUUCAGCAAUACUGCGGGCUUGUCAUUUGCAGAUCUGGCUUCCAAAAACUCUGGAGACUUUGCUUUUGGCUUAAAAGAUAAAAACUUCAAAUGGGCGAAUACAGGAGCAGCUGUGUUUGGAGAGAUGGCCUGUAAAGCAGAUGAAGAAGAAGGUGGUAGUGAUGAUGAGGUGGUACAUAGUGAUGAUAUCCACUUUGAGCCAAUUGUGUCCUUACCAGAGGUGGAGGUAAAAUCUGGAGAAGAAGAUGAAGAAAUCCUCUUCAAAGAGAGGGCAAAACUUUACAGAUGGGACAGAGAUGCUACUCAGUGGAAGGAGCGUGGUGUUGGAGAGAUAAAGAUCCUCUUCCACACACAGAAGAAAUACUAUAGAGUCCUCAUGAGAAGGGACCAAGUUCUUAAAGUCUGUGCAAACCAUGUCAUUACCAAAGAAAUGAACUUAGUACCCUCUGAUACAUCCAACAAUGCUUUAAUUUGGACAGCCACAGAUUAUGCUGAUGGUGAAGUAAAAGUGGAACAACUUGCGGUCAGAUUUAAAAGCCAAGAAAUGGCUAAUUCUUUCAAGAGGAGGUUUGAAGAAUGCCAGCUAAGCUUGUCAGAACUACAGAAGGGACACUUAUCUCUGGCAGCAGGACUGUCAAAGGACACUAACCCUGUAGUGUAUUUUGAAGUUUCUGCUGAUGAUGAACCUUUAGGACAUAUAACGAUGGAGCUGUUUUCAAAUAUUGUCCCUCGAACAGCUGAAAAUUUCAGGGCCCUGUGCACAGGAGAGAAAGGAUUUGGAUUCAAGAACUCCAGCUUUCACAGAAUAGUCACUGACUUUGUGUGUCAGGGAGGUGAUAUAACUAACCAUGAUGGAACAGGUGGACGGUCAAUUUAUGGAACAGCAUUUGAAGAUGAGAAUUUUGAAGUGAAACACACUGGUCCUGGAUUGUUGUCAAUGGCAAACAAGGGCAGGGAUACGAAUAAUUCUCAGUUCUUCAUAACACUUAAAAAAGCAGAACACUUGGACUUCAAGCAUGUCGUAUUUGGGUUUGUGAAAGAUGGAAUGGAUGUUGUGAAAAAGAUUGAAUCCUUUGGUUCUCCUAAAGGGCUAGUAAAUGGAAGAAUUGUCAUUACAGACUGUGGGCAAAUAUAGAAUUAUUACUUUGAGUAUACAGAUGUUCUAGCAGUAUAAAUCAGUAUUUAGAUGUUAUUGACUAAUUAUUUCAACUUCUUAAAAUGGACACUUCUGAUGUAUAAAUGUAAAAUUACAGCUUAUAGUUGGGUUUUUUAUGUGUUCUAAUUGAUUUUUCGCAUGUUGAAUAAAGUUCAGACACUGGCAUAUUUCAGGUGUAUUUGUGUUAUCCUGACAUAUUUGUAUUAAAUGUCCAAUUUUAAAAAUUAAAUCUUAGUCUUGU